AUGGAGAAGUUAAUUCUGUUCAGUGCAAUGAACGAAGCGAAGCGUAAAGGCUUAGUGGUAAUCCACGGUGGUUGUGGGAUAAUUGGUGCGAUGGAUGCUGCACGUGAACAAGAAUGUAGAGGUGCUUUAGCUGAAAGUGCAAAUGCGGCAAUGCGUCAGUUAUCGAGUGGUGGUUCCGCAUUGGCUGCGGUCGUCGAAGCCGUCAAAGUUCUUGAAGAUUGUCCUCAAGUGGGCACUUAUAUCCUGUUCAACUAUAUUCAGUUCAAUUGUGGUAAAGGAUCGGUGUUCACAAGAGAUGGCACAAACGAGAUGGAUGCAGGUGUAAUGGAUGGUUACACUGGUGCUGUCGGAGGUGUUUCCACUUUAACAAAUGUAAAAAAUCCAAUAUGUGCAGCUCAUUGUGUAUUGAAGCAUUCAGUACAUUCUCUGUUAUGUGGACCCGGUGCUGAAAAAUUUGCGGCGGCGCACGGAUGUGUCACUGAAGCUCGUGAAUAUUUUUUCACUCAACACAGGUACCACACCAUAUGUUGCGUAUUGCAGUCGUGUUGCGUAAUCGAACACAUGACUAGCUUCGAUCGACAUAAAAACCGAAAACAGAUCUAUACACGGGGUGAC